AUGAGGGCGCCCUGGGACAUGAAGUGUCCAGGUACUCCACCAUCAACAAACCUUAGUGAACGCUUUAUUAACAAUAGAUUUUUUGUAGGGAGUCCUAAAGCUGUCGUGUCCAUAAAACCUGAUAAAAAUGUGUACAUUGGAGAGAGAGUUACUCUCAGAUGUGAUGUACAGGAAGGAGGAGACACUGAGUGGACAUACAGCUGGUAUAAGAAUAAUGAUAGACUCUACACAAAGAGAGGAGACAGAGUCUAUACAGAAAACACAGUGCAGGAGGUCAGUAUCAGGUCUGUUAGUGACUCUGACCAUGGUAACUACACCUGUCGAGGACAGAGACGUGACUCUCAGAGCUCAGACAUCGGUGAUGCUGUUACACUGACUGUAUCAGAGAGACCACGGGCAGUACUGAGUGUAUCUCCACAGAGCUGGCUGACUGAAGGAGACUCAGUGACUCUAAGCUGUGAGGUUACAAACUCCUCUACAGACUGGACAUUCAGCUGGUACACAGUUGUUCUCUACAGAGACAAUAAUGGUCAUAUCAGCGCUAAAAAAAAGCUUCUCUCAGACAGCAGCAGAGGAUCUGGAGGCUCCUACACUCUCAGUCUUGCUGCUCUUAACCACACAGGAGUUUAUGCGUGCAGAGGAGAGAGAGAAGAACGACCCUCUUACACAAAUUACAGCAAUCUACAGCUACUAUGGAUCACUGGUGAAUCUCCUCCAGUCUCUCUGAUCAUCAAUCCCAGCAGAACUCAACACUUCACUAAAGACUCUCUCUCACUCAGCUGUGAGGACCAGAGUAACUCUACUGAAUGGACAGUGAGACGAUACAAACACAGUAGAAGUGUGUCGAAUUGUUCACGGUGGGGAUCAGUUACAGGAUCUACAUGUAAAAUCAGCUCCCUUUCCACAUCACGCACUGGAGUUUACUGGUGUGAGUCUGAGUCUGGUGACAUCAGUAAUCCUGUCAACAUCACAGUGCAUGGUGAGUCUUCAUUUAGUGUGUUUAUUGUUAAAGGAAAGGGGAAAUGAUUUAUUACAGAAUAUUCAGAACUCUGAGUUUGCAACUGGGAAAACUGAUCAAGAAGAGACACUUACCUGGUUUAUUUCAGUAAAGUUUUGAAAGUUCUGAAUAUUUUGU